AUGCACCGGCUAAUUUCCAGAUUUUGUGCCUUCUUUCGAAGGAAAGCCGACUCUGAGGAAGAGAGAGAGCAGAAGCCGAGGCUCUUGGAAGAUGAUACCAUGUUACAAAGCACGAAGGAAGUUGUGAGAGGGUCCUGCAGUGACAUGGCAGUCAAGCACAUCCCCUUCAGUGCUGAUGUUGUGACAGGCAAUGAACCUCUGAAAGUUAAACCAAACGUUCCUGCAGUUGUGGAAGUAGAUGAAAUGACUCAUGGAUCGAGUGCAUUCACAAUGGAUGCUUGCCGUGAUGGCCAUGGUGGUGAAACGAGAGACUCUCACAUGACAAUUUUACUUCACUGGCUCACCUCUUUAAUUGAUGAUGCUGAUAUUAACCAUGAAUUGUCCUUCUUUGUAGACAUUGUCUGUAAAGAUUUUGAACCUUAUAAGGGUGACCUGGUAGAAAUUGAAUUUGUUGAGCAGCGAGCCUCACAGAGCAGAAAGGCCAUCUUGAUGAAGCCUCUGAAGCAUCACCAUGUCAAUGAGGUUUGUGUUACUAGAGCAGAUGGAAAAACUGGAGUGUUGGAAGACAGCAUCUUUUUCACCUUGGACUCUCUUAGGCUUCCUUGUGGAUAUGUGCCUCAGCCAGAUGAUGUUGUCAAUGUGGUUGCAGUGCAGAGCAUUGAGUCCCAGUAUUUCUGGAGGGCAGUCAGAAUGACCCCAGUACAAGUAUCGCAGGGACUAAGCCUUUGA